CAACUACGAGCGACCACAAAAAAAAAUCACGGUUGCCAAAAUUUUACUUAUGGAAAUUUAACGACUUUUAAGGUUUUAGAUUGCUUAUAAAUACCUUACAGUUCGCUGAUUUCCAAAGAAAUAACAUUGUUAGUUAUAGCAUAGAGUUGCGACUCUUUUAUCUUCCUUGCUUUGUGACUGUUGUUUUGGCUGCAUCCGUUAGUGGCCAUCUUUUGCAUUGCUUCCGAAUUAUCACAAAAGAUGCCACCAAACUCGAUACUUCUAGGGAUGUGACAACCUUCAUCGACUGAAGUGUCCUUUCGUCCAUUAGCUCCGGAAUAGUUUUGUUGCUUCAGUGUUUUUGUCAUUUGUUGAAAACAUAAAUAGUGGAAUUUAUAACUGAAAUAUAGACAAAUGAAAAUUAAAUAUAAGUAUUAAAAGUAUUAUCUAUUAGUGAAAUUCAACUUAUAUGGGUAUUUAAAGUUCAUUAUAAGUAUUUUUAAUAAUUUGGGAUUCAUUAUAAAAUAUUUAUCUUCAUUACUACUAACAUCAACAGUAUGUUAAAAUUUUGUAUUUGUAUUUACCAAUGGCCGUUGUUAUUUGCGGUUUGCUGAAUCUUCGUAAAUACUACGACUCAAAAUGGCUGUGUGCAAAUUAGUACGACCAACUGUUAACAGAUGGUACUAAGAGUAAAAGUAUCCGGAUACCAUCCGUCCCUUAAAAAUGUGUCCUUUUACAUGGCUGCAUUUGUAAGACCCAGGAUGCACCGUGGUGCAAGUCGCCACAGCUAUGAUGGGAAGAUUGCUGGCCUGUACGAUUUGGAGCAGACUCUCGGGCGAGGGCAUUUUGCAGUCGUCAAGUUGGCACGCCAUGUCUUCACCGGGGAGAAGGUGGCUGUCAAAGUCAUUGACAAGACCAAGUUAGAUGAGGUCUCUAGAGCUCAUCUGUUCCAAGAGGUGAGGUGCAUGAAACUGGUGCAACAUCCCAACGUGGUGCGACUGUACGAAGUGAUCGACACGCAGACCAAGCUGUACCUGAUCCUGGAGUUGGGAGACGGGGGCGAUCUGUACGACUACAUCAUGCGGCAUGACGCGGGCCUGGAUGAGAAUCAGGCCCGCGAGUACUUCCGCCAGAUCGUGCGGGCGAUCUCGUACUGCCAUCGACUGCACGUCGUGCAUCGCGACCUCAAGCCGGAGAAUGUGGUGUUCUUUGAGCGGCUGGGCAUGGUGAAGCUCACCGACUUUGGCUUCAGCAACCGCUUCAACCCUGGCCAGAAGCUGGAGACGUCGUGUGGCUCCCUGGCGUACUCCGCCCCGGAGAUCCUGCUAGGGGACUCCUACGACGCCCCUGCUGUCGAUGUGUGGUCGCUGGGGGUGAUCCUGUACAUGCUGGUAUGCGGGCAGGCCCCGUUCCAAGAGGCUAACGACAGUGAAACACUCACUAUGAUCAUGGACUGCAAGUAUACCAUUCCCGUCCAUGUCUCGGACGCCUGCAAAAGACUGAUCGCUCGGAUGCUGAUCCGAGAACCCGAGAAGAGGGCGACGUUGGAGCAGAUAGCGGCGGACCCUUGGCUCGGGGAGGACAACUCCCAGCCAGCAGACUUCCUGCCCCUCAUAUCUCGCGAGCACGUGUCCGAGGAUGACCACGCCCUCAUCAUCCAGAAGAUGGUCAAUGGCAACAUUGCGAGUAAAGAGGAAAUUCUAGAUGCACUGGACAAGAACGAGUACAACCACAUCACGGCGACGUACUUCCUGCUGGCGGAGCGGAAGCUGCGAGCCCACCGCCAGGAGCAGGCUCAGCAGCGCCUGAGGCAGGGGCUCGUCGCGCCCAGCGACAUCAGUCCCGGGAAACCGUACCUGAAGAUUGAGAACAGUUCUAUGGAAGAGGAAAAUUCCUCACCCAAUGUCAAUCAGUCUCUUCUGACUGUCUCGAGAACACCGGGAGAGGUGGCUCAGAAUUACCGAGCCAGAAAGUGCAGCAUCGUGCAGGAGGAGGAGGACGAAGACGACAUGAGUGGCUGCUCGGGCCGGGAGGAGCUGGCUCCGCCCCAUGGCUCGCUCAACCGCCGAGGAUCUCGUUCGGAGGGCAAGCUCAACCUCGCGCUGCAGGAGCGGCUAGCGGAGUCGGAGCGGCGCAAGGAGAAGGCACCCACCAGAGACGACACUGCCAAGACCAAGGCAGGCUGGGUGAAGGCGGUGCCCAUCAACAUAAAGUACAGGCCCGUCACUGCGGGGAGCAACCAGCGAGCCCCUGUCGGCCGAAACACGAAGCCCCGGCCUCCUACCCAACUACCCGUAGCGAAACAGAGUGUGUUGCCGGUGGCCAGGCCUCCCAUGACCACCACCACCACCACGUCGAUAAUAACCCAGUCGUCCACAAUCUCCAUACCAGUGCAGUCAGGACCCGCCAAGCCGGGUACGCCCUUGCUGCCCAAGUACAAGACAAUGCCCUCUCCCACAAGGCCCCCCCAUGCCCUCCUCGGCACUCCGCAGCUGGCUCUGAACGAGAUAUUCGAGGAGGUAGAUGGGACCCCCGGUGGGGACAGCGUGGGCCAAUCGCCGAGCACAAGGGCCUUCAUCAGCCGCCCCCAGGCCCGUGGGGGCGGGUACGAGCAGCGCUGUAGCAAGUUCCACAAGGCCCGCACCGCCUCUUGCAGCUCGUCCGACGCCAGCGACGACGACAGUGAGAGCCGCAAGAAGCGUGCCCACAAGCUGAGUGCCGCCGGAAAGUCACUGCAGCAGCGCCGGGACUCCCACGACGACUCCAGCGACUCCCAGGACCCCGGAGGAGGUACGGGAGGGGGCUCUGGCGGCGGCGGAGGGCAUGCCAGUAACAAUGCUGUGUCUGGUGGGGGGCCCACUUCGUCCACCCGCGUGGCCGGAGUCUCGGAGGGUUCUCGGAUGUCUGGCGGUGGGACCGGGGGCCGGCAGUGUGCCGGGGUUGUGCAGAACCCUCCUCUGGGUCGGCGGCACCGCACGGGCAGGCGGCGCUCGGGGGAGACUCGCCUGCGAGAGAGUCAGUCUCUCAACCGCAUCACAGAGGUGCAGGAAGCAGAACACGUGAUGGUGCAGAAUGUUCAUGCCCAUUCUGGCGCGGUCACGUCUUCCUCCGCCGCCAGACCAUCGCCUAAGAUCAAAGGCUUUGGAGCUCGGCUGCUGCAGAGCUGGUCUCUGACGUCUGGUAGCCGUAAGUCGGCCGUUCUCGAAGAAAAAGGUAACGUGCCUGCCGAAAACAGUCCAUUGCAGGUAGGCAGUUUACUUUCUAGAAACGACCGUGAGAAAAUCAAAGUCCCGACCAGUCCUGCUACCGAAGGCCCGGAACUCGCAACUGUCCAUGGUCGAACAGGCGGCAUGCCUUCAAAAAAUGCUGGCUCAGGUGUCUUGAGUUGUUGUGCAGAAGAGAAAGAAAACUUUUGUAAGUCUGGGAAGUCAAAAUCUCUCAGGGAUAAGCACCAGGAAGGUAGUGGAAAAAAGGUGAGGCUUCUUGGACGCUAUUUUCAAGUUCACAAGAAAUUGUGCAUCCCUCUGCCCGGGUUCUUCGGCCGUGGUCGAUUGUACAAAGCUCAGUCGUGUGGAUCGAUCGUGCGGGAUCGGGUGAUGCCUCCACCGGCCGCAUCGUUGCUGUUGUGCGGGGACGACAGAUGGCAGCACAUGGCCGGGAAGACUGACGUGGGCAGAGGCAGUGCGGGCCAAGGCAACAGUAAUGAUGGGGAAGACGUCAACCGCAACGUGGGCAUUGUCGCGACUGAAGGCAUAGCUGCUGCUAACUCGGGCAUUGGCAUGUGCCACAUUCACCUGGGCAAUGCUUCCAAGUGCUGCAACUUCUGCUGACUAGAAAACCACCAUUCCACACCGUAACGUGUUUAGUGUUGACAAAGUUUAAGUGUUGAAAUUUAUCUGUUACUAUUUUGUUACUGUACAAGUGCCAGAAGAUUGUAAUUUCCAGUUGCCUAUAAUGUAGGGUAUAUUUGGCUAGUCUCUCUUGAAAAUUUUAAGUUCUUUUGUUUUCUAAGUCCGUUACUUGUACUAAGAGGCUAGGAUGUGAUUUAAUUAAAAGCUGGUGUGUGGAGGUUAGUUGUCUGGUGCAGUAAAGCAGUGUUGCAAGUGUGCAUGUUCUAGUCAUAAAUAUUUUUUACGUAUUCAAAUAAAUGUAAUGUAAAUUUAAAAUAGGAAUAUUUUGUUACAUUGUGUAUGCUUGACUCUGGUUAAGCAUAAGUUAAUUUCUUUAAUUUCCUACAUUUUAACAGAAAAUGAUUGAAAGAUAUGUGGACUUUAUUUAAAUCUUAUGUACACUAUUUAUGCUUCCAGUUUUACAAGUGAAAGAAAGUCAAAUUUUUAUGAUUUAAAACUGUUGAUAUGUGUUGGGUAAAUAAAUGUACAUAGGGUUCAGUAAAAUACAUACAAAGACAAUUCCAUCAGCUUUAUGAUUUUUCUGAAUGUAGCGUAAAGUAAACACUGUGCACAUUUUUGCUUGUACCUUCAAGGAAAAUCAUCCCAUAAAAAUGUACAAACUUUUGUCUUCAAUCAAUGGCAAGACCUUCAGAAAGAUGUUUUGAAAAUCAUAGUUGGGAUUUGUUGAACAUUUUUUUUCACAUUUUUGUUUUUUGGAAAUUUUUAAGUUAUCUGUUAGGUGAAUACGAACUCUUGACUUUUUAAGUUUGAGUGAAAAAUUGUUGAAUGAAAUCUAACCAUUUAUAUCAGAACCCAGAAAUAUUUCCAAAUAUGCGAACAAUAGUCAUAUAAGCAGCUUUUAAUUAAACUACUGUAAUUUCGUUGUAUAGUUAAACAUUGUCUGAAAAGACUAGGAUGGUGAGGAUUUUGCAUAGAAUUGCAAUUAAUGUGGACAUGUAAUGGUUUCUUUCUCAUCAUCAUAAUUACCUCAAUUAACAAAUGCCCAUACAGUCCAUUCCAUGAAAGAGAGCACUUUUCUGAAAGUUCUGAAAGUAGAUCAGCUGAGAUUGUUUCCAUUGCAACAGGAUUGUAUCGCUAUGCAGCAGAUGUUAACAUUUUUCAUGACUGUUGUGUUAACAUUUGUGUAUAAUAUAAUUUUUUUUUAUUUUAGCAAUUUUUUAUUGAAAUUUAAUGAAAUACAUAAUUUUAAUUGAAUAAAUGAAACAAAAUUUAUAGACCAUAUUGUAAAGCAGAGCCAAUUGCAGUUUCUAUAUAUCAAAAUCUGAAAUAUAUUGUCAAUAUCCUAAUCCUGCACAAAGUAUCAUAAAAACUACUCGUUUUAAACCAGUAUUUUCUGUGAACUCAAGACAGGCCAUGACCCACCAUGUGUUUUGUGUAAUACAGUUAUACCCUAUUUAAAGAGUAAAUAAGCUUUUUUUAUUAGUUAAUGUAAUGAUUUGAAAUAUAGACAUGCUCCUGUGAAAUUAAUACACCAAAUGUGUAGACAUAAAUUCAAACAUCUUAAAAAGUUAACACCAACCCACGAUUCGCCGCACAUGUUAGCCCUGAGAUUUUGAUGUUGGAGAAAAGAAGGCCUUCACUAAAAAAAACUGUAAUAUUAUAGCAGCCAUGCUUGUUACAUUUGAAAUUAUGUAGGAAAAUUGGAAACAUUAAAGUGAUUAGCAUCAUAAUAGUUGAAAUUUUGGUGCAUGUCACUAUUCAUGGGCCUCAUACAUGCAUCACUCAUCAGUUCUUACAGCUGCAUGUCGGUAAACUGUGUCGUCAUUGACUGGUGAGACUGCGCGACAUCCGGCAGGCUACGAUAUUCCACAUUUAUUCUGUGUUCAUGAAUAAUUUGUAUUCAAUUCAAUAUUUCAAAACAAGUAAUUUUUUUGAUUAUUUCCUACAGCAAGUGGGACUAGUACACAAAACAUUUAAUUGAACAUAGUGUAACAUUAAUGAAGCCAAGAAGCUUAAUUGGGAAAUUUGUAUUUGUUUUCUGCAAGUAGUGCAAACUGUGUAUACUUUUUAUAUGCAACAAAUUAUCUUUGAUUUUAUCAAAAAUUAUUAAAAAUAUUUUUUUUUUAUGUAUGUAGUCACUUGGUUCAACAAAAUAAAUUUCAAACCUAAAAUUUUACUGUUUCAAGAAAAUGAGUUGUCACUUUAUUUUCUUUCAUUUGACAUUAUACUAUUAUAGUUUCGCUCUUUUUAAAUUUACUGUAUUUUGUAUAUUUUGCAAUUUUUGCAUUAAUUUUCCUCUGACACCUGUGAAAUUUGAAGAAAAAGUUUCACUCUAUGUUUAAUUUGAUUCUUAAAAUAUUCUACAUUCGUGAAUAAUUUAUUUCAUUCGAAAUUCAAUAUGAAUUUUAAAAAUAAAUUCACAGAAAAAUACUGAUGACUGUAAUAUAAUUAUUUAUCUCACCUUCUAAUUUUUCUGUGGCAUAGCAUAGUAGUGUAAUUUCAACCCAUGAAAAUAGAAUAUUCAAACAAAGAAAAAGUAAAAUGAAAAUCUUUAAAUGUUCGAGGUUUACUAAUUUUACUUUAUUUAUUAAAAUUAGGUCUCAAUAAAAUAGUAGCUAUUAAAAUGUGCAUACAAAUUUAUUUUUACCAUCCAUCCAUCCAUCAAUCAAUCAAUGAAUCCAUCAAUCAAUGAAUCAAUCAAUCAAUCCAUCAAUCCUGAACGGCCACAUUGCAACUAAAGAGGAAAUACUAGAGUCCAAUUCACCAAAACUUUCAUGAUAGAGAAGUAUGGAGGGAGAAGAGAAGGCAGAGUUAAGUCAGCCAGUAGGCACAUGUAAACAACAAAGUGUUAUGCCGUUUUUAUUUUUGGACAUUAUCAAGAUUUUAAUUUGGACCCUUAAUAUUAAUUGACAAAUAUUUAUUAAUUACGAAGUAAACAUUUAAGGACAAAAAAUUUAUUUAUCCAUAAUAUUAUAUGCAAUUCCAUAUCUGCAAUAAGUGCUUUUUUUUUACUGCUCAGAAACCUACAUUAGCUUUAAGUAUUUCUAUCAAACGACUUUUCCAAGAAUUUCACAAUAGUGUAAAUGAUUGAUAAUAUCCGGCUUGUUAACGUUAAAAAUCUUAUUUUUGUAUAUCAUUGUUAAGUUUUAAUAUUUUUAAGUGUACUUUUUUUACUGUUUAAAGAUCAAUAAAUACUGUCUAUUGACAUAUUUAUUACAUGUGUAGAAAAAAAAAUCAUUCAAUGUUAAACACCAAUUGUUAUUUCACAGGAGAAACUGGUUUUAGCAUUCAGUCACUAUUAAUGCCAAGGCAUUUCAUCAAAUAACGUGCUAUGCUCAAAAGAGCCAACAUUUUUAAUAUCAAUGCUAUAUGGAUUUAACUAUGCUGCAUGUGUAUUACUAAAUUUCAAGUGUAAUACAGUAAAGCCUCUAAGAUCCAGCACGUUAGAGCGCAUGGCCAUGCUGGAUUAGCAAUGUUACUGGAUUAUCAAACGUAAAUACUGUUUUAACGGGAAGAGCAAAGAAAUUAAAGUACAACACCAUUUUAUAUAUAUAUAUAUAUAUAUAUAUAUAUAUAUAUAUAUAUAUAUAUAUAUAUAUAUAUAUAUAUAUAUAUAUAUAUAUAAUUAAGCAACUUAAUAAGCUGCUGCUGUGGCAAAAAAAAAAUGCACAUCAUUGAUGAGCGAACUAAGAACGUGGGCAGCGCAAUGGCGUGACCUGGAGUUCAAGGUCAACAAAUGCCCAAUCCACCUGGAAAAAUUUGAACGUAAGCGUGAUCCAUGUCGGAUUAUAGAAUGUGCAGAAUCAAAAUGUUGAAUUGGUGAGGUUGACUGCAUAAGGUUUUAAUUUUCUGAAACGUGCAGCAUUUUGAACAAUGUUGGUUUGUUUUGAGGCUUAUCAACACAUUCGCUUUGACAAUCUGAAUAGGUCGAAAACCAUUUGGGUUCACCACUACCAUGUUGCACUUAUAAGUUUAGGGUAAGUGUUUCUUAACAGAUGCACGCCAAAAAAUCUACAUGCUAAACUUCCAUAGAUCACUUUUGUGUACAAAAUUUUUUAACUUUUAUGGUUAUUGUAUAACAAGUACUGUACUAAAUGCAGGGUCUCAGAACUAUGUGGCCACUUAACCCUCUGUAAUUUUUGGGUAGGUAUGUUAUAAGGUUUGGGUUUUUUGUUCACGUAUUUUACGAGAGAAUAUUUAGGGCUAUUUUUUAUGCAUUGGUAGUUUUUGAAUUAACGUUCAUGUCAAAUUCACAUAUUUAUACAUUACAAAGUAGACACCUUAUUUAUAUCACAUUAUUCAAUAUACUACUAACUUUUGUAUGCAAGUUAUCAUCUAGUUAAUAUUUUAUGCCAAACAUGUUAAUGUUUUUUUACAAAUCUGAAUUAAGUUAAUAAAUAGGUUAACAUAUCACAAAAAUAAAUACAUGUGCACUAAAAGUACAUUUAAAGAAGCCACGGUAGUUGAGAGCUGUUGCGCAAUUGGGUGCAUGUGUCUUUCAGCGCAAGGGGUUCUGGGUUUGAGUCCCACGUAAGGAAUGGGUGUAAAAUUUGUAUUUGUUUUUAUUAGUCAACUCUGUUACAUAGUUGGUUAAUUACAUGUAUCCCAUCAAGGGGAUUCAGAUUCAACUACCGGUGGGGUUGAACUAUGAAUUUUUGGCAAUUGGGAAACUAGGCUGAUGUUGCAGUCUCUCGUGGGUUUUCUCAUCCAUCCAUCCCGUCAAUGCUCCAUUUUCAUCUCAUCACCUUUUAUUGCCUCUAAAGAUCUUAAUUUCAAUGAUACGUUAAUUCUUUAUAAAUUUAUUUAUCAUUCGUUCACUUAAUUUUUUUUGAAAUUUAUUCAUGCAUACUAAAUACACAAUUCCAUUCCUGGCAAAAGGUUUUUUUUUUUACUACAUGGAAACCUACUUUAGCUUUAAGCAUUAAUACUAACAACUUUUCCAAGAACUCUACAACUAAACAACAUUUUUCCAGUGAUACAAACCGGGUUUCGUUACUAUACCACAGUUUCGUAACAUAACAUCUGCCUGUUGACAUCUUGAUAUGGACUGACUGCCACAAAGCAGGUUUGUAGAAGGCAGAAGCAUAAACAGCAAUCAUAUUAUGAAGUGAAAAAUUUCUACUCAGAUACUUGCAUGAUUCAGCAAAAAUAUAUGUUUUUUAUGUUGCAGCAGUUGCAUCUAAAAUCAUAUUUACAUUUGACUGGACUGCAAACUGUUUCGCUGUGACUUUAGUUCCACGCAGUCCAUUGUACGUCGCCAGCUGUCAGGCUUGGCAAUGAGGAGUUACCACGCAGUCAGCUGAUAAGGUUCUUGUAUGAAACGUUUUUGAUUUUAAUUGUGGAGUUUUUAUGCUCUCUAGCGGUCAGGUUAGUUCACUCGUUUGUGGGAUGGUCAGGGAUUCAAAUGCAGUCUUAAAGGAUUUGAGUUUUUGUGUUUGGGUGCUAGUGUCCCCUCCUACUCCCCCCUUGUGCACUACACUUAGUUUAUAAGGACAUGGGUGAUCUGUUCAUGGUGUUUCACAUACAAGCAAGGUUCUAAAACGUAUUGGUAAUCCAAUCAACUUUGGUACUCUUGGAAUUGUUUUGGUGUUGCAAAGAUGGUUUUUAGAUGGUUGAAAGUUUCAGAAACUGUGUUUGUAAAAUGAUAAAACAAAAGACAAGGAUGAUGAUGAUCUAUCAAAGACUGGUCACCAGUGUGCUGUCUAAGUCUGUCAAGUGGGAUGCGUCUUCCAUUUGUCAUUGAAAAUUGUCCAAGCACUGGUUUUGAAAAGCUCGCGCAUGUAUCACGUAAAUAUGUAGAUUUUUAUAAGUAUAAAUUUGUGUGUAGAUAUGUGCCCUAUUACAUGUAGGUUAUAUACUGGGUUGUGCCAAAAGUGUUUUAUCUGUGCAUUUUAAAGUGCAUGGUAAGAUCAUUGUAUCCACAGUUGUUCAGCCUGAAAUGCUUUUACUUAUUUGUGAAAUAAACUCUAGAGACCAGUUUCAUUUGGACUCGUCUUUGUUUCCUUGAGUGUAUAAAAUUUAAUUUUAAUGUCAAGUAUUUAAAAAUGAAAUAGUGAUAUUUUAAAUGUAAAAUGUGUCUUUGAGCAUUUUAAAGUAUGGUAACAUUGAUGAAAAGUUUGGUAGAUGAAAUACAUCAUUGUUUUCUCCUCCAAAAAAGUGACAUAGGGUAGUAGUAGUAGUAAUAUUUAAAUUAAAUUGUUAAAGCGAUAUUGAUUGGUUGUUGAGUUUGCAUGUACCCGUUGUAUGUCGAAAUAGCAAAUAAUAGUGUUGUGAAUGUAAGACAUGUAUUCUAAUAUAUUUAUUCUGUAAAUAUGCAAGGUAAUGUUUGUUGUAGUGUUGAAAUCAAUGGGGUAAGUUCUCACUUAGUUGAUAGCAAGACAGAUAAAUUCACUCUUGUUAUGUUUGUCGAAGUUUCCAAAUAUGUUCUUGACUUGUGGAAUUGAAAUGCUUAACGUCAACAUUUGAUAUUACUGCAUAAAAUUUGUCAUUAAGCAAUAAUCGAAAUUGUAAAUCAGCAUAUGCAGUAACUUUGGGUGUAUUUUAUCAUUUGUUGUUUAUGGAAUUGUACUAGUUGAUUUUGAUGUUCUUGACUCAACAGUUUAUUUACUGUGAUGUUUGUUCAAUUAUAAUUGUUCCCUCCUCCACACUAGUGCAAAUUAUUAGCCUGUAGUAAGUUGUGAUGCUCAUUAUAGUCGUUUGAGGAAAUUUGUCACUAAAUUCCAUGAAGUUACUCAUCAUCUGUACACGUAAGUUAUUGUUUUUGUGUCAAUCUAGAAUUUUUUUAGGAGUUUCAACUGAAAACAUUUGCUAAGAGAGUCAGUGAAUAUCAUUUAUGAUUUUCAUUAUAACUAGUCAAGCUGAAUUCAAUUUAAUAUCACAAAUAUAUUGGAAUUGUUUGGAAGCAGAAAUCUUUGAAAGCUGUAUUUUUAUCUAGUCCAAUAACUGGUUAACUGUUGCAGUAAUUACUACCAGUUGUUUUAAAAAUUUCACAUUUUGUGUAAAAUUCAUUCAUGUUAUAGAUGAUUUCUGUGGCCAUAGUUUCUGAUAAGUAUUUUUGUUUUGUAGAAAAUUAGAUGUUCAAUGCUGUAUUUGAUUCCACCCUCACUGGUUUUAUGUACCUAAUUGCAAAGUUAAGUUUUUUCACAAACAAUAAUUGUUAUUUAAUUGGAGGUGCUCAUUCUAAUAAGGAUCAUUAUCAUUAGUACUCAUAAAUAAUUACUUUUGUUUUUCUUUACAUACUGUGAUGGUUCUUGAACAGCAUUGUUUGUUUACAUUCUGCAUUAAAUUUUACAGUGAAAGUUAUUUCCAUGUUGGAAAAUAGUAAUUUUUUGUUAUUGAAGAACUUAGGAUUUUUUUUUUGAGAUAUAGUUUAAGUUUAAUUUCAAAUCAGCUUUCAUAUUAUUAAUGUAAAUCUUUCUCUUAGAACAUGUAUAAUUUUGGAAGCUAUAGUAGUUUCAUGGACUGUUGCUAAGAUAUCAUUAAAGUUUUUUUAGUUUUUUAGUAGAUUAUGCAUCAUGUAUCUAAUAUGAGCAAAUCAUGAAAAAGUGCAAUCAUUAUACGUAUAAGAUGUGUGAUUGCAAUUUAUGAGAGUGGUCCUGAAAUUAACUGAACUGUAAUAAUUCUGUAUUGUAUUAUGUAAUUUUUAAUAGUUUUAAGUAUUGAGUGUUUCCUGUGUACAAGUUUGUUUUCUAUAAAAAUGUAAUAAGUUACAAUAGUUAAUUUUUUAAAAUUGAUUUUUGUUUGCUGUCAAGCUGGCCUUGCUGUGAUGUAUAAAUAAAGUACAUUAUAAUAUUGAUAACUAAUAAA